CAACGUUUUAUUUGAAAUUGCGUGAAUGCCCGCAAUGAAAAUUAAUUUUACAAGGAAGUAAAUUGAAUUGAACGUAAUCUGUCUGACCUCACGUAUUCCAAUUACGGCUCGUUUUAGCACCCACGCGAGCGAGUGUAACCGUCAUGUAAGUGAGUUGAAUCAGUACGAAGGAGAUCCAAACUGUGUGCAGUCAACCAAAGAGGUUGUUAUUUAUUUAAUAUUUUAAUAUCUACAAGAAAAUGUCUCGUCCCCGCCCACAAUGGCAGCUGCAAGCGUUAGCCGCUCAGCGCCGUGACAAUGAGCUCAAACGUGCUGAAGAGUUGAAGAAGGUAGCCUCGUACUUUGAGAUCCACACGACUAAGUCUAGGCAUCAUGAACAGUGGACCACUGAGGAUUAUUACGAGAAGGCUAAUAAGGAAGCUGAGCUGUUGAGUCAGCGGAAGAUAAGAGCUGCUCAAUUGGAGGAGCGGCGUAAAAAACUGGAGCUAAUGUUGUUCCAAGAAAACAUGCAGUUUCAACAGGAACUUAAGAAGUUAGCCGCUCAACCAAAGUUUUAUAAAAAUGGGUCAUACCUAAACAAGGUCCCCACCUCAACUCUCCAAGAGAUCAACCAGGGCAUCAUGGCUAAGGAGGAGCAGUUGAUGCGUCACGAGGCUGAGCUGCGGCUGCAUCACGCGUGGAGAAUGCGCCAGCCCGAGCUGCGGGCUGCUAGCGCUUAUGUCGCUAAUGGCAAGUGCAAGUCUGCGUGGAUGGAACAAAUAGUGGAGAAAGAAGUCCAGAAGAAGAAAGACGAGGAGGAGACGCGUAAGACUCUGCAGGAGAGAGACGAGAUGCUGCGCAGACAGAUACAGAUCGAGGAGGAACGGCUUAAAGAGAAGGAGCAACAAGUUAAAGAGCUCCGUGAAAGCCUAGAGGGUCAGAUAGCGGAACUCGCAGAAAAAGAGACAGUUGUCAAGCGCUUACGCAAACAAGAAGAGAAAGAGAAACUCAUACUGGACGAGCUACAGUUCAUAUCGUGCGAAAGAGAAAGAGAGCACAAACGCCUUGUGGCAGAAAGAGAUGCCAAUAUAGUGAAUAUGGGCUUACAUAAGUAUAAGUUGAAGAGAAGAGUGGUUUCUGUCAUGAAGGAGAUUGAACUGGAUUUGGAAAUGCUUGAGAAGUUGCGUAGGACGGUGCUUAAGGAACGUGAAGCCCAACAAGACACAUGCUUGAGCUACAAGCGCGUGUUAGACGCGGCGCUGGCCGAGCUGGCCGAGCACCGCCACCGCGAGCGACAGCGCCAGAACACCAUCGAAGCUAUGUAUGACGGAGAGGCACGACAGAUCAAUGACAAGCAGGAUAAGCUGUGGGCCAAAGAACGAGAAGCCCGUGCUCUCCUCAUGCACGACGUGGUGACCACUCUCAAGAAGCAGAUAGAAGAGAAGAUAGAAGCUAACAGACAGAAGCAGCGGCUCAACGUGCUGGAGCGAGAGAAGAUUCUAGAACAAAUGGAAAGCUACCACGAGGAAGUCAGGGCUAAUGAACGGGCGACACAGCUGACAAACUCAAAAUACGCGACAGUAACGGCCCUACAGUCUCAACUAAACAGCUUACGCCUACAAAAACAGCAGUUAGACGCGACUUGCGCAAGAGAGGCCGAGCUUAGAGAGGCGGCCUCUAACGAGAGGCUGCUCAGGAACGAGAUCGCUAAGAUACACAGAGAGGGCAGCACUCAGGCUUGGACAUAGAUUCGUUAUUUCUUUAUUCGUAAUGCUGAUAUCAGACGGUUAAUUUUUCGUUCAUUUUUGCCUUUCGCACAUCUCUUCGUCACGACAUGCUCAUGGUUUCUUGGUGAUCGGUUAAUUUUUUGACAUUCGACCCUUUACGUGUCAACAUGGAGCGAAUUAAAAAUGAUGUUCACUCGAGUGAAGCGUCUGAUAUCAGCUUAACCAUUGGCAGCUUUAAUGCUAUAAAAUUAGUUAGCAACCGUUAGAAAGUUUGCUUAUUUAUGAAGUCCAAAAAGGGCUCUUCGGAAAUGUUCUGCAUUUCCACAGAGUUUGUAUUUGUUUGAUUUUCCAUGUAUAUGCGAUGUUUUUGGAAGUUACCUACUUCUUUUAUGCAAAAAUAUCAUUCGCUGUGUGGAUAUUAAAUUAGGUGACAAAAAUAGGUCCUAAGUUACGUUUUUUUUUGUUAGAGAUAUCUUAGUCAAAUCGCCCUAUCGCAGAUCAAUGCUAAAUUAGUGCCUAUCUAAAUAUAGUUAGCUAAUUAUAUUCCCUUAUUUAUUACUUAAAGACUGACGAAAUUACCAACAUUAUCUAUAAAAAUGUUCAUGAAAUGUGCGACAGGCCUUAUUGUUUAUUUUAAGAGGAGGAUAUUAUUAUAUGAUAAAGUAACUUGUUAUUGAAACUAAUAUUUUUAAGUCUGACCAGUUGCUAAUACAUUGUAUUGCCAAAUAGCAAGGAAUAUAAUAGAAUAGCAAUACGGUGACAAUAUAUUUAGAACGCGAGCAAUAUAUUUUGAGCGCGUCAGAUUAAGAUAUGAUAGAAUGGUUGACUGAAAGAUUAUGGGUCUUCGGAAAAUGUCACGCCACGUUUUCUUUAAAAUACUAUGAGAAAUUUAUUUCAAAAUGAAGUGGAGCCAAACAUUGCUUGUAAAAGUAAGCAUAUUUAUUUAUUUACGUAAUAUAAGCUAUGUGUAAUUUGUGUACCAGCAUAGACUGAUUAGCUAGUGAAUUGUGUUUGUGCAUAAGAGUGAAAAAUGCAUUUUAUUAUAUUUUUAGUCUGCUUUUAUACCAAGUGCCUCCUGAUGAAAUGUAGGACGAAGAUAUUUUUGUAUUUUGAGUGAGUGUGAGGAAAAUAAAUUAUUUUAAACAUUUUAA